AUGGCUCAAAAAUCCAUGACCGGCACUUGCCUCUGCAACGCCAUCACCUAUCGGAUCGAUCUCCCCGCUUCCGAGCCAACUCCCAAGGUCAUUCUGUGCCACUGCAUUAACUGUAAGCGAUAUACGGGCUCCGGAUUCUCCGCCAACAUCGUUGUCCCCAAAUCUGGCCUGCACUGGACAAAGGGCCAGCCCAAACUCUUCAUCGACAAGUCGGAUGAGGGCCUGGACGUUCCCCGCAUGUUCUGCGGGGACUGCGGAGCGCACUUUACAUCGGAGCCAAGCGGCGAUCAUGGAAGGAUAGUGAUCAAGACUGGCACGCUGGAUGAGCCCUAUCGGCAAGAGUGCGGGGAGCUGGUGGUGGAGCUUUGGUGCAAACGGAAGGACAAGUGGGUUGACGCGAUGAAGGAGGAGAAUGUGCAGAGGCUUGAUGCGUCGAUGUAG